GGUUGGCCUGCUAAAGCACCAGCAGGGUAUUGAGUGACCUUUCUGCACAGCAAGCAUCACCCUUGGCAACUCUUUGACCUGUUGACACAUUUGGCUGAAAGUGAGCAACCUGGUCAGUGGUCUUAUUGAGUGUCUUUUCUGCAUUACUGUAUCAGUAUAUACUCCUGUUCUGACUUUUCAAAAAGGAAAAAAAAUACAUAUUUUGUCUCCCCCUUCUGUUGUUGGUUUGCUGCUUAUUGUGAUUGGGCUCCUGCAAUGCCUCAGGGAGCAAAAAUGAGGGAAGUGAUUUCAGUGCACAUUGGCCAGGCAGGUGUUCAAAUGGGCAAUGCCUGUUGGGAACUCUACUGCAUGGAACAUGGGAUCCAGCCUGAUGGCAUGAUGCCCAAUGAUGAAACAGUGGGCCAAGACAUUGACUCUUAUUCCACCUUUUUUGAUGAGACAGGGUCUGGGAAACAUGUCCCCAGGGCUGUUUUCAUCGACCUGGAGCCAACUGUCAUUGGCAAGGAUCUCAUGGAGAAGACUAGGAAUGCCAUCAGGAGUCUAUCAGAGCAAUGCUCAGGACUGCAGGGAUUCCUGGUGUUUCACUCUUUUGGUGGAGGCACAGGCUCUGGCUUCACUUCACUCAUCCAAGAGAACUUGAGUGCAGACUAUGGGAAAAAGUCACAACUAACCUUCUCCAUCUCACCAGCACCACAGGCACUGUUUGCACCAGUGAGAUCAGCUGAGAAGGCUUAUCAUGAAGCUCUAAACACAGAGCAGAUCACUGUGUCCUGCUUUGACAAGGCUCAUCAAAUGGUAAAAUGUGACCCAAGUGAUGGUAAGUACAUGGCAGUGUGUUUGCUGUACAGAGGUGAUGUGGUACCCAAGGAUGUGAAUGCAGCCAUUGCAAAGAUCAAGGCCAGGAAAAGCAUUGAGUUUGUGGACUGGUGUCCAACAGGCUUCAAAAUUGGCAUCAACUACCAGCCACCAACAGUGAUACCUGGUGGAGAUCUGGCCAAGCUGAGCAGAGCAGUGUGUUGUCUCACAGCCACAACAGCCAUCAAAACUGUGCUGCAACGCUUGUCCAGAAAAUUUGACCUCUUGUACUCAAAAAGAGCCUUUGUCCACUGGUAUGUCGGCGAAGGAAUGGAAGAAGGAGAAUUCGCAGAGGCGAGAGAAGACAUGGAAGCACUCCGGAUGGACUUUCAGGAAGUUGAGGCAUCCGCUGAUGAUGAUGACGACUACGAUGAUCAAUGAAGCGACAUCUACCUUCGACCCCGCAGCAUUUCAUCCACUGUUUUCUCUAGCACACCACCGCAGCUCUUUUCAUUCAUUUUUCCCUAUUAUCGAAGCAAGAAGAGAGGAAUGGUUGAUUCAGUAUUACCAAAGCAAUAUACGAGUGGAGUUUUCAAAGGAUAUCUCGGCACUCGAGUGCUCAAACGGCAAAAAGAAAUAAUUGGUAUUAUUGUGUUUGUGUAUUAUCAACCUCGCGUGAUGAAAGACAGGAUUAAAUUCGAGAAAUAUUCAGUUAUCCUUUCCUUAAA